AGGGAAACACAGCCUCCACAAUCAUAUCCCCUGCUGGCUGCUGCUGCGCUCUCUCUCUCUCUCUCUCUCUCUGUCUCCCCUUUUUAGUCCUUUUGAGUUGGGUUGUUCCUUCUUGAAUUCUGUGUGCUCAUGGAAAUGAACACCACUGCUGCUCCUACAAGACCACCUAGUCUUACUGCAAACAACCAUACAAACAAGCAGAACCACCACCAUGCCCAGUCUCAACCCCUUCAACACCACCACCAUAGCCUUCUCCCCUUCAACUUCAUUCUCUUAUUCAUCAUUCCCAUCCUCUCCAUCAUCCUUCUGGCUGCCAUAUUCUGCGUCGUACUAAUGGUUCGACGCCCAAAAUCCAGCCAAACCAAUGGCAGUGGAAAACGCAAGACCAACAUCAACAACACAAACUGCGAGCCCAUUGCUCAUAGCACGACAAAUUUUGGUUCAAGCCCAGAUGUGAAGAGUGGGUGCCUUUACAGUGGGAACUCAGGAUGUGUGCCAACUAUUAAAUUUAGAGGGGUCCAAGUACUCACCUACAAGGAGCUCGUGGUGGCCACAAAUAAAUUUAGUGAAGCAAAUGUGAUAGCCAAUGGAGGGUUUGGAGUGGUUUAUAGAGGGAUCCUGAGAGAUGGGACAUUGGCAGCAAUUAAGGUGUUACACAGGGAAGGUAAGCAAGCAGAGAGGGCCUUCAGGAUGGAGGUGGAUCUACUAAGCCAUUUGCACUCUCCUUACCUAGUGGAGUUUCUUGGCUACUGUGCAGACCAACACCACAGGCUUCUAAUAUUUGAAUUCAUGCCUAAUGGGAAUCUCCAGAAACAUCUCCAUCCCCACAACAAUCAACAGCAGCCACUGAACUGGGGAACUCGAUUGAGAAUAGCCCUCGACUGCGCUAGAGCCCUCGAGUUCCUCCACGAGCACUCCGUCCCAUCGGUCAUCCACCGUGAUUUCAAAUGUACCAAUAUCCUGCUUGAUCAAAAUUUUAGAGCCAAGGUUUCAGGUUUGGGCUUGGCCAAGACAGGCUCGGAGAAGAUCAACAGUCAGAUAUCAACCCAUGUGCUGGGGACCACUGCAUAUCCAGCACCCGAGUAUGCUUCAACUGGUAAACUUACUACAAAGUCAGAUGUGUACAGCUACGGUGUGGUUCUUCUGGAGCUCUUAACAGGCCGUGUCCCAAUCGACAACAAGCGACCAACUGGAGAACAUGUCCUUGUCUCUUGGGCUCUCCCAAGGUUAACCAACAGAGAACAUGUAGUACAAAUGGUUGACCCAGCUCUACAAGGCCAGUACUCAAAGAAGGACCUGAUUCAGGUGGCCGCUAUCGCAGCUGUGUGUUUGCAGCCAGAAGCGGAUUACCGGCCUCUGAUGACAGAUGUUGCGCAGUCCCUGAUCCCCCUGGUCAAGAACCUUUCUUCUAUUUGUCCCUCUACUUCCUCCAGAUUUCUAAAUCAAAUUGUAAGCCACAGGUGUUAGGGGCUGUCCCAACCCCCACACCCCAACCAAAAAAUAAAUAAAUAAAAUUGUACUGAUAUUGUUCCGUGCGAAGUCAAUAAAAUCAUUCAAUGUCAACCA